AUGGUAUAUCGCACGUUUAGCACCCAUCAUAGGAUACCAGGUAUAUCAGAGCUUACAAUUCUGUUAGAGCACAGUUCAAUGAAUAGCAUUCGGAGUUUUGCUACAACAAAAUGUUCAAACUUCUCUUUGUAUUUGUCUGUCUUUCGUUGGUGUUCUCAGAGAUGGACGCUGCACCCCAGAGAAGAGCUACGUGUGAGCUUGGGACUGCAACAUUUUUCGGAAUCUCGCUUGGAGCUUCGGCCUGUUCCGCUCACUGUUGGACUCUCGGACACUCUAGUGGUUAUUGUGACAGCCACAAUGUUUGUCAUUGUAACUAGAAUGUCCGUGAAGACUGAAAAACUGUUCCUAUUUUAUAAGACACACAAUUUCAAUAAAUAAUUUGUGCACUUUCAAA